AUGUCGCCUUCGGUCUCGGUGCGAGACAGCCAUUCUCAAUACUGGAAUGCACACGACAAUGACUCUGACGAUGUUCCUGUUAAUAAAAAGACAAGCUUUAACGGGAAACUAAGCAAAUACUUGCACUUGUCAGAUAAUAAUGCCGCAACUACAGAGACAACUCCCGACAGCACAUCCGAGUCAACCACUUCAGAUCGCCCAAAGCGAAAAUCACGACUUGAAUCAGAAGACACCACCACUUCAGCGCCCGAUGUCUUAUCACCUUCAAAACGGAGAAAAGCACCCACACCAACAAUCCCACGCAUAACCCGCUCUCGAUCUACCACCGCCCUAUCCUCUCCACGAUCAAAGUCUACACCUCAAUCACGCCGAAAGACCAACAAAUCACCCGAGUUCCAAACCCAAACCCAGACCACCUCCUCAUCCACCUCCCUCCUCCGCGAUACCAUCCCUCCCAAUCUAACCCUCCUCCUAGUCGGCGUCAACCCAGGCAUCCUAACCGGCACCACAGGAUACGCCUACGCCCACCCCUCGAACCUCUUCUGGAAACUCCUCCACUCCUCCGGCCUCACCACAAUCCGCCACCCUCCCUCAGAUACAUACCGACUGCCAGAGCUAUAUAACAUCGGAAACACGAACAUCGUCGAACGUCCCACCCGUGACGCCAGCAUGCUCAGCAAGGCCGAGAUGGACGCCGGUGUGCCUAUUCUUGAAGCAAAGAUAGCCGCUCAGCGUCCUGAGGCGGUCUGUCUGGUUGGGAAAAGUAUCUGGGAGGCUGUGUGGAGGGCUCGAAAGGGGAGAGCGAUUCGGAAGGAGGAGUUUCGGUAUGGGUGGCAGGAUGAGUCGGAGAAUAUGGGCAAGGUGGAGGGGGAGGGGGAGAUUGAAGGGUGGAAUGGGGCUCCUGUUUUUGUGGCUACGACAACGAGUGGGCUGGCUGCUGGUAUGAAGCCCGCAGAGAAGGAGGCAGUAUGGAAGGAAUUAGGGAGUUGGGUGGUUGCAAGGCGAAGAGAACGGGGGAUCUUUCGGUUAAUUACUAUAUAG